AUGUCAGUGUACAUGACAGACAACGCCUGCAAUUUCGAUGGUCUCCGCCGCCUCAAAGGCAAAGGUCGCGGGGUUGCCAUCAUCGACCCGGACACUGUCACCGACGAGGAACUGGAUGAAAUGCAUUCUGUCGGUUUCCGUGGCGUGCGCAUCAAUUUGCGGACGAGAUCACAGAGCUAUGGGCCCGAAGUCUGGCGCGAGGUCCUGCCAAAGUAUGCCGCCAGACUGAAAAGACUAGACUGGGUGAUCCAGAUCUUCGUCUCGAUGGACCAGAUCACACACAUCGCUCCCAUUGUACCCAGUCUCGGGCUCAGAGUUGUCUUUGAUCAUGUAGGUCACCCAGAAGGAGGGCGAUCUCCGAUGGCUCAGCCAGGCUGCAACGAACUCUAUCAGCUUCUGUUGCAAAACCGCAAUGUUUAUGUCAAGCUCAGUGGAUUGUAUCGUCUUCUUGGUGUACCUGAUCUUGACGCUCACGUACGAAAGCUGCUCCAGAUAGCGCCGGAUCAGAUCGUCUGGGCGAGCGACUGGCCUCAUACGGGUGGUCCAGAACUAAAUCCCGGCGGUGAUCCGCAAGCAAUCCAAGAUUUUCUGGUCGUUGACAUUCCCGAGUUUAUCAGACAAUGUGCAGAGUGGUGCAAAGGAGACGAAGAGCUUCUCCACAAGAUAUGGGUAGACAAUCCGAGGAGACUAUGGGACUACCAUGAGAUGGAUUGA